GUAAUCAGUUUCUAUCUAUAAAUCCUAUUGUCUCAUUGUCCUAUUCGUUUUUCAUAAACGUUUGAACCAUUGCAUCAUUCGUUCUGAUUUACAAGCAAGUUAUCAUGUUUCUGCUGGAAUUAUUGCAUUCUGGGCACUACAUCCAGAUGAUCCACGGCAUUCAUGUACAGGAAACAGGUGCAUAUCUGAUUCUCACCGGUUUACUGAUGCGAUCGCCAUCGACCUGUUCAGAACUCCUACUAAUAGUAGUGUACCAUCUCCUCCAUCUUCCUCCCUGGUAACGUUUCUGGAUCCCUUCGGCAAGUGACUCAUGUCAGUCACAAACGACAACCACCCUGGAAUGCAGUCGCCAAGGACUUGGUUUGUGUCCUGGAAGUCUCACUCGAAAAAGCUCUCAGGAAAUGCACUCGAUGGAUCACCUUCUGCUGGCACAUGUUACAUGCUGUAUGCCAUACUGGUCGUGAUACACGUCGUCCUUGUUAUCUUUUAUAUCUUCCAUUUGGAACAUCGUGUGACCCUCCCAUUCACAUCAAUGAACACCGAUUUUUGGCCUGUGGUACUGAGUGCUUCACUGCAGGCAUUUUACACGAUUUACACGGCUGUUCUACUCUUCCUCACCCAACAGCUUGCGAUGUCAAGAACGCUAGUACGCCGUCAGAAGCUGACUGCUAUUCACGAUAUCUCUGGUGCAUGGACGGGGCUCGGCUCUGCACUCAGUAGCGUCUGGCAACAAAUUGACAUCCCUGCCUCAUGGUGGAUUACUUCUGCUGUGACAGUCUACUUUGCAAGCAUUUCCGUGCUACACGUCACCUCUUCCACUCUCCUACAAUUACAAACGUUCAAUACUUCUAUAUCGACUUCCGUGCCAACAACACUAGCAUGGCUAAACAACCUACCAGAUGCCUCUGCCAGAGUAAGCGGCCAGACCGUAUAUGGCGUGAAUUGGGCAGCCAUUACUGCAUCCUUACUGGUUCUCAAUCAAUUGCCUGGAGUGGUCUCUGCUGGAUUAUCCAACACUACAAUCUAUGACACCCCAAAAACAAAUGCUAUAUUAGGAAACGCAAUUGUGAAUGCAACAACGAUAACCUCGCGUUGUGGACUACCUCCCAAUAUAUCGUAUUCUAUGGGCCCAGGUUACUAUCCGAUAAUCAAGGGAAAUUCUUCGGUUGGCAAUGUAAUUUUUAUCUAUCUUGACUUAAACCCACCCUGGUCAGACCAAAUACAAGUAAUUAACCCCAUGAUCUCUUCUAGUGGAGAAUCUACUAGCGAGCAGAUCUCGGAUAUUAGAGCAAACCAGACUGGCGUCUUCCUUAUGGUCUCUACACUAUUAGACAUCGAUCCCUCAGUGCAAGAGACGUUCGCUGUGCCGGUGCCUUGGAAAUUGGGGAAUUCUUCAGGGGUCCUUGAAGUCUAUUUUAUACAAUGCUCGCUGUCGACUCACGUGAGCACAGAUGCGGUGCUUGACAUGCAAACCAACAGUCUGCAGAACUGGAAUCCCGUGUCUGCCUCGCAAUCAUCCGGGCAGUGGGAGAUUAUGCAAUGGAUAUCUAAUGUUUGGCAAUCCACGAUUGGUGAUCUGGCUCUGGUUUCAUCGGUCAGUAGUGGGUAUUCAUUUUGGGUUGGAGGGUCCGGGUCCAAACCCUCGAUGGCUGAUGAGUACAUCAUGUCAUUGGUAGGCUUAAAUCUCGCCGACGAGUAUAUAAACGCCUCGCUGUUGGGUCUUCCCGUUUCUACUUUCGUUUUGAGACCGGAUCAACUCGAAGCUGCUAUUGCGCGAGUAGCCGCACAACUCAUCUGGAUAACGGGGAAUUUAGGCUCGUCCAAUGGAGGCAUUCAACCUGGGAACGGAACGGCCUAUAUCAACGAAGAGAUAAUUCGCCUACGCCUCAAUAUUAAUAUCAUUCCUCUGUCAUUCGCGAUAUCUGCAUCGGCGAUUAUGAUGGCAUUGGCUCUAUCCAUGACAAGAGCAUGCAACGUAUCCAGCAAUAGUCAGGCUGCCAUCCAGAGUACGGGUACAUUGCAACUCUUAUGGCUGGGUCAUCAAUCAGCCUCUGUCAAUGAAGUUCUGGAGAAUGUGAAGCAUCCGACGGAGGCUAACCUGCGCCGUGCAGGCAUGGUUGACGUUUGUUUUGCAAAGACGAUAUCCGACGAAGAAAAGUUGGAGGGAUCCACUGAUAGCCUCGCUGGUCAAGUUGACCACGAUCGUGACGAUGUGAUGUGAAACUGGGAUUAGCGAUAUAGGCUAUGGUGACUUGGACAGUUUAAAUUUAGCAAGUAUGUGUUGAGGCACGUUUUGCGAACGAUGAGAGAAACGGAUAGGAUGUAAUCCAUAAAUUAUUUGAUUCACAAAAUAAAU